UGCUUUCGUUGGCGUUCGCAACCUCAACUGUCAAUCCCUCUCUCUUUCUUGCUCGCUCAAACUCUCUCUCUCUCGCUCUUCUCCCCUUAAAACCCUAACUCCCACCAAACCCAUGUCGGAAUGAAACAGUACAAAACCCCGCAGCUCCUCCCAGUAGCCCUCCAAGAUCUUGAUAUUCCUGCCCAAGCGCGUCCCUUGGCCUCAAUUUUACACCUUUGCCACUGACACAGUGACACUGUCGUCUCUCUUGUCACCCUCUAUCGAUAAUCUAUAAUCUAUUGAAAGGAAAGGAAAGCAAAGCAAAGAAAAGGAAUUUUGUUUUGGUGAGAUCGGAGGGAGUGAUGGUGAUGGCUGAGAAUGAGGUUAGGGAUGACCAGAGGGACCUCAAUGUCAAUGGCGGCGGGCCCAAGUCCCCAUGGAAGACUCCGGUCUCCCUCGAAUCUUCCGUCAUGGCCGCUGAGUCCUGGCCUGCUCUGGCCCAAGCCCAAAGGCCCAAGAGUUUGGAUGCUGCCGCAAAGCCACCAGCUGCGCAGCCGUCUACCCUGCCCGCGCCUGUGCAGGGAUUAGUCAUGCAGCAGAAGUCGAAUGGGUCUGGAAACUCCAACGCUUCACACAAGCAUUCAUCAUCACAUCACCAAAAAGGCCCUAGGCACAACCCAAAUGCUGCACCUCCUUUUCCAGUACCCGUACCCUACCAUCAACAACCACUUCCUCCUGUUUUUCAUACCAUGGUACAACCCCACAUUCUGGCUUCUGGGUAUGCUUACCAGCCAUACGCUGGACAUCCAAGUGUUGGAAAUCAUAUUGCAAAAUCUGGAUGUGAGACCUCAGUGCAAAAUUUUGUGCAACCAGUUCAACCUCAGCCACGAGGUAAUCCAAAUGCUUAUGGUGUCAAUUUUUCUACUAGAAGACCCAACAUGCACGAACAUGGUGGCCCUUGGAAUCAUACUUGGCAUCAACAGCGAGCAUUUAACCCCAGAGAGAACAUUCCUGUGCAGCAGGGUGUUGGACCUAUCCCUUUCUUAAGACCUCAGUUUUUUGGUCCAGCCCCAGGGUUCAUGGUCGGCCCAAGCAUUCCUGGACCUGCACCCAUAUGCUAUCUUCCAGUUCCACCACUGGGCGCAGUUAGGGGACCUCAUCCUCCUAGCUUUAUGCCGCAUCCUUUAAAUCCGGGGGCUCCAUUACCACCCUCAGAAACACAUACAUUAUCAUUGAGGGACAAUAUUAUAAAGCAAAUAGAGUAUUAUUUCAGCGAUGAAAAUCUAAAGAAUGACCGUUACUUAAUUUCGUUGAUGGAUGACCAAGGAUGGGUCCCAAUAACCACCAUUGCGGACUUUAAAAGGGUUAAGAAAAUGUGUACAGACAUAGCAUUUAUCCUUGACUCACUGCUGGGCUCAACUACUGUAGAAGUGCAGGCUAACAAGAUACGAAGACGUGAUGAGUGGUCAAAGUGGAUUGCAGAUUCUGCAGACUCAAUGUUAACUUCCAAGCCGCAAACCCCCUUGGUUCAAGUUGAAGAUAGGUAUAUCAAUGCUCCUGAGAAUAAUGCCAGCAAUGAUAGAAGGAAAACUUUUGAGGAAAAAGUUGAAGUUUUAUCAGAUGGAAAAAAUUUGAUGUCGUGCAUGCCAUCAAAUACCAUACCUGACACUGAUAAUCAAUUUGAUGGUGGAUCACUAGCAUCUUCUGAUAAUAAUAGUGCUUUAAAUGAAAAGUUGACUUCCAAAUCAAAUUGCAAGUCCUUGGAUCCCAAAAUGGAUCAUUGCUCAGACCGCCCAUACCACUCAGAGGGAAUUGAAACUGGAAGAUAUGAUGAUGAUAGGCCUGAAGGCAUGCCUUCAGAUAUGGAUAUGAAGAAUCUUGGAAAUCUGUCUAAUGAUUUUGCAAACACAUUUAUGCUGGAUGAAGAGCUAGAGCUUGAGCAGAAAAUAAUAAAGGAUGAUCGUUCUCCUAUUAGAAGUGUUGGCCGGACGAUUGAUGAUGAAUAUGAUGAGAUUGUAGUCAAUGAUCAGGAUGUCCAGAGACUUGUAAUUGUCACCCAGAAUAGUAGAGUAGGCGAAGGAUCUAAACCUGAUGAUAAAGAAUCAAAAACCCUUUCCAAUGAGCUAGCGUCUGCUAUAAAUGAUGGGCUUUACUUCUAUGAGCAGGAACUGAAAACCAAGCGAUCAAACCGUAAAAAGAACAGCACCAGCCAUGACAAUAGAGAUGCAAACUCAAGAUUUUCAAGCAUUUCCAAAGGCUUUUCAAAAUUAAAGCCUGGUGAAAUAUCUGGCAGUGGUAUUGGCAUUGAAGAGUCUGGAAGUGCUAAUUCACGGAAGAAGCAAAAUAGACUCUCCCAAAAUCAUCAAUCGUCCCCUAGACAGCGUUUCUUCUCAAGCAACUUUAGAAAUUAUGGUACUGGUCGGAACAAUCUAGGAGUUGUAUCAGAAAGUCCACCAAGUAACUCUGUUGGCUUUUUCUUUAGUUCCACGCCUCCUGAAACUCAUGGACCAAGGCCUUCAAAAUUGAGUGUCUCUCCUCAUGGGUUUCUCUCAGGCAGUAGUCCACCAGUGGGUUCUGUGCCAAAGUCCUUUCCACCAUUUCAGCAUCCAAGUCAUCAACUUCUGGAAGAAAAUGGUUUUAAACAGCAGAAGUACCUCAAGUAUCAUAAGCGGUGCCUGAAUGACAGGAAGAAGUUGGGAAUUGGUUGCAGUGAGGAAAUGAAUACUCUCUAUAGAUUUUGGUGUUAUUUUCUAAGAAACAUGUUCAACUCUUCAAUGUAUGAUGAGUUCCGAAAGUACGCACUUGAAGAUGCUGCUGCUGGUUAUAAUUAUGGAGUAGAGUGCCUUUUCAGGUUCUAUAGUUAUGGUUUGGAGAAGGAUUUUAGAGAGGACUUGUACAAGGACUUUGAACAGCUCACACUUGACUUUUACCAUAAAGGCAAUCUCUAUGGCCUGGAAAAAUAUUGGGCUUUUCAUCAUUAUCGUCAACAACAGGAUCAGAAAGAGUCUCUAAUGAAACAUCCGGAAUUGGAUCAGUUGCUCAGUGAAGUAUACUGUCGCUUGGAGGACUUUCGUGCCAAAGAGAGAGCCACUGCCAUGAAAGAGAGGAGUCACCAGUAGCCGGUAGUUACUAGUAAGUAAUGCCUAUAAUCAAUCCCACAGCGACAUUGAAGUGAUGGCGUUCCAAUUUUGAAAGACAAUUCUGACAGAUUUACGACGGGAGUCAGUUUGCAGCUUCUGGUUUGGAGGCAAAGAAAGGAGAUGAUUUCUGUAUGUUAUGUGUUGAUGGAUUUUACGCCUUGUGAAGGAGGCAGCGGCUGCCGCUGCCGGCUGCUCAGUUUUUUGCUCAGGGUUUUCCUGGCUCCUGGCCCCUGGCUCUAUCUUUUAUUGGAGUUAUCUGCAAGCCUGAAGAGGGUGCCUCUGUUUUAUCUCAGUCAUUUCUGUCCUCUGGAUUGCAACUUGUACAUAGGAAAGAACAAUUUUGUUUAGGAAAAAAAAAAAAAAAAAAAAAAAGAGUGAGAGAGGGAUGAAAAAAGAGACCCAAAAGAAAGGGAACAUGUAGUUUAGACCUUGUGAAAAUUGACCAAUAAGAAACUAAAAUUGCAUUUUGUUUUUAUCU